UCAUAAAUUUUAUUUUCAAAGUUUAUUUUUCUUCCUCAAAAAAAAAAAAAGAAUAAAUGAAAUGAUAAUUGAAAGAUGAAAGAAUCGUAACAAGCAGAGAGAUUCCUCCUCCUCUUUCUUUAUCUUUCCCUCUCACGAAACAGAAAUUUGAACAAGAAAUAAUAAUAAUAAUAACAAUACACGCAGAGAUCAAACCUAUGGCGUUUCACCUCUCUCACGACACCUCCUUCAAUCACUUCUCCGACCAGUCCCAGCCCCAGCCGCCGACGCAGCCGCAGCCACCGCAAACGCAGACGCAGACGCAGCAUUUCCAGGAAGCGACGCCGCCGCCUAACUGGCUGAACACCGCGCUCCUCCGCUCCUCCGACACGAACUUCCUCAACCUCCACACCUCCGUCGCUGCCAACUCCGACUCUCCCUCAUCCGCCGCCGCCGCGACGAACCAGUGGCUCUCCCGAUCCUCCUCCUCUCUUCUACAACGCACCAACGCCGGAGUCGUCGCCGGUGAUGUCAUCGACGACGUCGGCGGAGGAGGAGGGGAAGCGGAGACGAUGAUCGGAGGGGAGAUGAAGGGAGGGGGAGAGAAGACGGAGAGCGGAGGAGGAGGGGAGGGGGCGGAGAACUGGCAGAAUGCGAGGUGCAAGGCGGAGAUACUGUCGCAUCCACUGUACGAACAGCUGCUGUCGGCUCACGUGGCGUGUCUGAGGAUAGCCACGCCGGUGGACCAGUUGCCGAGGAUCGACGCGCAGCUCGCUCAGUCGCAGCACGUCGUGUCUAAGUACUCGGCGUUGGGAGCUGCUCAGGGACUCAUCGGCGACGACAAGGAGCUUGACCAGUUCAUGACCCAUUACGUAUUGCUGCUGUGUUCUUUCAAAGAACAACUGCAACAACAUGUCCGAGUCCAUGCAAUGGAAGCUGUCAUGGCCUGUUGGGAGAUUGAGCAGUCUCUUCAAAGCUUAACAGGAGUAUCGCCCGGAGAAGGAACAGGAGCUACAAUGUCGGACGAUGAAGAUGAACAAGUAGAGAGCGAUGCUAAUAUAUAUGAUGGAAGCUUAGAUGGCUUAGGGUUUGGUCCUCUGAUUCCUACCGAGAGCGAGAGAUCCUUGAUGGAACGUGUCCGACAAGAACUCAAACAUGAACUCAAACAGGGUUACAAAGAAAAGAUUGUAGACAUAAGAGAGGAGAUACUGAGGAAGAGAAGAGCAGGGAAACUACCAGGAGACACCACCUCUGUCCUCAAAGCAUGGUGGCAAUCUCAUUCCAAGUGGCCUUAUCCCACUGAGGAAGAUAAGGCGAGGCUGGUGCAGGAGACGGGUUUGCAGCUUAAACAGAUAAACAAUUGGUUCAUCAACCAGAGAAAGAGGAACUGGCACAGCAAUCCAUCUUCUUCCACAGUCUCGAAGAACAAACGCAAAAGCAAUGCAGGUGACAAAAUAGCUGCAGAGCGUUUUGGGUAGAAGAAAAACAUGGAGCAGUUACAAUGGAUGGACCAAAACAUAGUUUGGUAGAAAGAGAAGAAGACAGAAGGGAUAUAUUGAGCUUUUUCUUACACAGAGACAGGAGACGGGGUAGGGCGUUGAGGUUUGAUUUAAGACACAAGUAGAAGUAACUUUUGUGCCGUUACAUAGUUUGGUCAUUUUGAUGCUUUUUGUAUUUAGAGAACACAACACCAAAAAAGAACAAAAGAAAGAAAAAAAAAAAGAAUGAUUCAGGGUUUUGUUUAGAAGCUUUUGUAAAAUGCUUGUCUGAAUGAGUUUUGUUAUGAAUAUUUGAAAUCAUCA